GAUUGAAAAUACAAUUGACAACCUACCGGUGUCGCAAAAAAUUGGGUAAACAACCCUUUCUUGUGGAUACCCUGCCUCCACCUCUUACCGCCAAAAGGACCAACAGCAUGUACAACCGGUAGAACAUGGAGUUCCCCCAACACUCCCUGCAGCUUCUGUCAGGUCUGCGUUCUCAGCGUCAGCGUAGGUUCCUGUGCGACUGCACCGUCCUCGUGGGUUCCUCCCGUUUCCUGGCCCACCGGGCUGUCCUGGCCUCCUGCUCUCCAUUCUUCCACAUGUUCUACUCCGAUCCCCCUGGGUCCGCUGGUGCUGGCGGGGCCAGCUCAGUCACGCUGGACGGAGAUAUCGUGACAGCAGCGGCGUUCGGUCUGUUGUUAGACUUCAUGUACGAAGGCGUGCUGAGGUUGGAGACCCCUCCCCCAGCAGAGGACGUGCUGGCGGCGGCGAGCUUCCUCCACAUGAACGAGGUGGUCCGGGUGUGUAAGAGACGGCUACAGCACCGACCACCACCGGCUGAGGCAGACAGCACGCGCCCGGAGGAGAGUGGAGUGGCAGCAGUGGGCGGUAAUGGACCCGGGGUUGGCAUGGCAACAGGAGCGGCCAAAGCGGUGGCGAUGUCAGUGUCUCAGUCUGCAUCAAUGGCGUUGCAGAGAAGCCAGUUGGGCUCUUCUACAAGGUCAGAGAGGAGAGUGGAGGUUCCGGCGCACGCUCCUCUGAGUCCGGACAUGGCCGACACUACCCAGCCUGGCAUGGACCACGCUCUCACUCAUGUGGGUGAGCUGGUUACCCUCUCCUCCGGUCCCUCUCUCCGACUGGGGGGUCUGAGUCAGGGAGAGGGUCAGGGAGGCUCGGCCCUCUGCAGCCCCUGCAGCUCCACAGAGUCAUACAGUCACAGUAGCCACCAGCGCCAGCCCUCUUCAUCAGCGGCAUCACCAGUGGUACCUGUGACCCAGACUGAUGGCUCCAGCUCCAUGGUGGGGAUACUGACCCAGUCUGACCACAGCAGCUCCUCCAGUCCAGAACAUGACAGCCAUAACCCUGUCUCUGACAACAAGAGUACAGUCAUCACACCAGGCAUGCAAUGCCAGCAGCAUGGUCUCAGUAUCAACACACACCCUCAGAUUAGAAUACAGCAUUCACUGUCACUACACCUCACCUCACCUCCCAACCUGAACCAUGUAACCCAUCAGGGCCAAACCUCGACCCUGUCCAGGCCUGAAGGGCUGCAGCAUGGGGGGUCAGAGAGGGAGAGCAGGGAGGUUAGUGAACACUCUAACAUGGGGACUGUGGGAGUGGAGGAGCCCCUGGCAGGGAGAGGAGAAGUGGAGCAGGAGGAUGGGGUGAAGGUAAAGGUGGAGGCCAUAGUGAUCUCAGAUGAGGAGUUUGAGGAGAUGGAAGGAGUGGUGAUGAGGAGAGGAAUAGAGGGGAGAGAACGAGGGAUGAUGAUGGAGGUAGAGGACAGGAAUGACUUUGAUGAUGAUAGCCACAGAGAUGAACUGAAUAACCCCCACUUCCUCCCUUUUCACCCCCACCAUGCCUUACUCCAGAUGACCCACUCCCACCCCUCUGAGCCUCUCUCCUUCCCCCUCUCCCCCUCCGGACCCGGCACCACCUCCUCUGACGCUCCCCCUUUCCCCUCCUCCCUCUUCCCCUCUGUGGGCCAACAUUCUGACCAGCCCGCCUACUUCCAGGAUUCCAUGGGGAACUACGUUGAAGACGUCCCCACGUGCAGCGUCUGCGGGAAGACGUUCUCGUGCGCGUACACCCUGAGGCGACACGCCAUUGUGCACACGCGCGAGCGCCCCUACGAGUGCCGCUACUGUUACCGUAGCUACACGCAGUCAGGUGACCUGUACCGCCACAUUAGGAAGGCUCAUGACUCCAGCCUGCCAGCCAAACGCAGUAAGGGAGACACUGAGGAGGGCCAGCCUCCACACAGCUAGCUGUAUACUUCUCCAUACUAAAGAGAAUUAAACAUUAUUUAUGCCUUCCCCCUUCCAACACCAGACAUCCUGGUCUUGCAUGUCCGAUCUGGGAUACAUUCAAAAUGACUUUCCAAAUGGUCUGAAAAAUGCCAGAGGCCCAGACCUAGUGCCCAGACCUAGUGCGCAGGUUGAGGGAGGAUUUAGAGCGUGUCGCCCAGAUGUUGCCCUCCACCAGGAUGGUCUUUUCAGACCUAGUGCCCAGACCUAGUGCGCAGGUUGAGGGAGGAUUUAGAGCGUGUCGCCCAGAUGUUGCUCUCCACCAGGAUGGUCUUUUCAGACCUAGUGCGCAGGUUGAGGGAGGAUUUAGAGCGUGUCGCCCAGAUGUUGCCCUCCACCAGGAUGGUCUUUUCAGACCUAGUGCUCAGACCUAGUGCGCAGGUUGAGGGAGGAUUUAGAGCGUGUCGCCCAGAUGUUGCCCUCCACCAGGAUGGUCUUUUCAGACCUAGUGCGCAGGUUGAGGGAGGAUUUAGAGCGUGUCGCCCAGAUGUUGCCCUCCACCAGGAUGGUCUUUUCAGACCUAGUGCUCAGACCUAGUGCGCAGGUUGAGGGAGGAUUUAGAGCGUGUCGCCCAGAUGUUGCCCUCCACCAGGAUGGUCUUUUCAGACCUAGUGCGCAGGUUGAGGGAGGAUUUAGAGCGUGUCGCCCAGAUGUUGCCCUCCACCAGGAUGGUCUUUUCAGACCUAGUGCGCAGGUUGAGGGAGGAUUUAGAGCGUGUCGCCCAGAUGUUGCCCUCCACCAGGAUGGUCUUUUCAGACCUAGUGGUGAGACAGGUGGUGCAAGCCAGACAUGCACAUGCCCGGGAAUGAGCAGACCUGGCACUUGGUCAACUAGCUGGGUCUGCAUUCCUGAGGGACAGGGGCCAGUGGUGUUUUAGCUAUUUUAAAUGGGACUUUCAAGACUUCUGUCUUUUACACAUGUAUCUGUACCAGAUGUCUUACUAUGACCUCAGUGCCAAAAUAAUUUGUGUACUGU